AUGCCAAAGCAACGACCUAAACGAAAAGCCGCCGAGAUCGCCACCCAACAGAUUUACAACCAACGACUCUACAAUGGCACACAAAGGCACUGCAUGAGGAGAGUAGACGAAGAAGUUCGCCGCUUGAAUCAAGUAGCGAGUUUGAGCUACGCGCAGAUGACCCCGGUCGGUCAGGGGAUCCCCCCUCAUAUACAUCCUUCCCUUCAGCACCUAUAUCCAGGUUCGGGGGUGUCCUAUCCGUCCAGUGGCUACUCAACACAUAUCCCGCUCACUUCGCUGCCAUACUCGCCGAUGGGACCCAUUGCUGGAGGUUCCUUCAAUCCCUCCCCGAUGAUCGUUCAAAUGACGCCAGAAUCGCCCCAAAAAGCAAGCAAUAUCAAGAAAAUGACAAAACAGGAAUUCGAAGAACAAGUUGCGCGCCGGCUUGAGAAUAAAAUAGAACAUGUCCUUGGAAAAGUAGACCCGGGGAUCGAGAUACUCCAGCGAGAAAUGCAGGUCAAGGAUAGAUUGAGACAAGCUGUCGCGAAGCGGCAAGCCAGAAUGCCCCCCGCGUCCCUGGGAAAUUCGCCGUCCACUUCAGCCUCGAUUUUUUACACGCCAUCGCCUUCGCCGACUCCAACAUCUCGGGUUACGCCUAACAGUUCGUCAUCUGCGUUCACGCCUGUGAUUCGUAAUGAGACUCUGACUUCGAAGUUUUUGGAGUCAGCUCAAACUGAAAUGGCCUCCUUGCAAUUGACGCCUAACAUAACACCAAUUCAAAGUGCCUACUCGAACAUCCUUCUUGGCGGCUCAAGCGGCUUUCCGACUUACGCGACUUAUAGUGGGAGCGUUGCCGGUGCUCACGGCGUCCAGUUGCCCAGUACCGUAACGAGUCAGCCAUAUUUUCACUUACCUGCGCACCACCAAAUAUUUUACACAGGAUCAGUUCCACCGUAUUAG